AUGGGUGGCGGAGGAAAAUGGGAUGUGUAUCCCGUCCGCGCACUCGCCGACACGAAUGUCGGUUAUAGGCUUGUGGCCCAGGAGGGCGCCAUAAAAAAGUUGCGGGGCAGCAUCCAGGACGUCUUUUGGGAGGAAGGCCAACCAGCGAUCCUUCUCAACAGCGGGAGCCCACAAGCCCUUGAAAAAAAGAGGUCAUGGCUUGUCGCUGGUGCGGGCGCAAGCAUUUCAACGGCAGAAGGGAAUGGGGCUUGCAGCGAAUGUGGGAUGCAAGUGCACCAGCUGAAAGAGGAAAAUGAAGCCUUGAAGGCUGAAAUCCAAAGCCUGAAGAGGCUUCAGGAGGAGCACAGCUAUCUUACUGAAGCUGGCAAGAUGGUCAAGAGGCUGAAGAGGAUCCUCAACAAUGUUGAGAAGAAGCAAGACGAUCCCGUAAUUGCUUGCACAAAGGUUGACAUAGGAGGAGGGACGCUAAUUGACAAGAGUGUGCUGGAGCAGCUCAGCCGGGCCUGUGACAGUGGCAGUGGCCCUGGCAAAUUUGCCAGGGCACUUUUGCGCCACAUCUUCACUGACGCUGAGCUCCACGGCAAGUCUCUCUUUGGGGGCAAGGGCUGUCAUCGGGGCGAGGCUGUUCAGAAGGAGGCCCUUGACACUGCUCACUCUAGCAGGACCUUCGUGACUGCACAGAUGCAGAGCCCCAUCACAUUGGUGUGA